AAGGAACAUUACACUUUUCAAACAGCAAAUAAGAAGAAGUAAAAAUGUGUAAACUGCUUUUCACGAUUGCUUUUCUUGCAUUAAUAACAUAUUGUUAUUCACAAAACGCGUCACCAGGCCAGUGUGCAGAAAGAACACAAGUAAAAGCGGCAGAAAAUUACGAUUUUGCAGGGUAUGUAGCUACUGGCAGGCUAUGGUACACUAUUUUUACGUAUAACACUCCGGGCGACUGCCUGUAUCUGAAUAAUACCAUGACAUCAAACGUAACCGCGAGCUUCUUUUGGUCUCGAAAAAAUUUAACUUCCGGAGCAAGGGUUACUAGCUCUGGUCAAACAAUUUGGACACCGCCUAAUGGGAUUAUAAGUAUUAGAAGAUCCAACGAAGCUAAUUCGUUGGAAUAUACAAUGCUUGGAAUUAAUCGUGAUGAGUACAGCGUUGGUUACAGAUGCGUCGAUGUAAAUAGCACAAGCAGAUCAGAAACACUAUUUGCUAGAAGCAGGAGUAGGAGUUUCACACCACAACAAGCAGCUGCUGUUAGUCAAAUUCUGAGUGAUAAUGGUCUUUCUGACUUAGCCGUAACGUAUGCUGUACAGGACCCAGAUGUUUGUUCAGUAUAAGAUAACAGCAAAAUUUGUGAAAUUUAUACGAAAUUAAUCAAUAAUAAAUUUGUUAGCAAGUGAA